AUGGCUGGAGCACUCAAUAUUCAGUCGAUCCGAGUUCUCAUGAGCCUACCUACAACCGGUGCCAGAUUCGCUCUUUCGCAUCCGGGGAAACAGCUCAUAGCGGCGUUCUACAAAGAUGGAGAACUCUACCGCGGACGAAAGGAGCUGUCAUGGAUCGACUGGCUCUUCUUAGCCAACGACAUCCGCGGGCGUAUCAACCGGCGGUGGGUUUCGUUUGGCCAAUUUGCCGUCGACUCGACCAUGUCAGCCAUGAUAGCCAUUACCUCGUGGGUGAUGCCAUGGAAGCUGGGAUCCAUCACUAGAUUUCAUCCUUACUCAUGUGCCCUUCCGGGCGGCCGGCGGAUGAGACGUUUCAUGCCCAGGAUCCUGAACGUCAUGACGUUCCUCCAGUGGGUCGCUGGUGUGUAUGUCCUCAGCGUCUAUUUUGGACAUCUAGGCGGCCGGGUCUCGACAGUGUAG